CAUAGACAAUUACUAUUUAUGUCCGCCAUUCAUCCUUUUGAGUUGCUUUUUCGUUUUACGAUUCCAAAAGAGCACAAUUUGUCAUUGAAGUCUACGCUACACCAUCGCGUAAAUAAUUAACAUAAGUAGUAACAGUUGAAGCAAUAAAGCAAAAACGCAGGCAUCACGGCCACCCGUUUAGUGUAUAGGAGUGACGUGAUCCAUCCGUGAGAUCGUAUCAUUCCCCCAAUGAUGCUUUUGCUUCCCUUUUACGUUAUCGGUUCCGAAGUUGGUUUAUGUGCCUGAUGGUAUGGAAACUAUGUGCGAUUAACAGGUAAAAUAUUGAGGACUCAGCAUGGGGGCGUUUUUGAAUAAGCCCGAAACUAAGAAAUAUAAUGAGACUGGGGAAGGAAACGGUCUUCGCUAUGGCGUGGCGUCGAUGCAGGGCUGGCGAGUGGAGAUGGAGGACGCGCAUCACGCGCAGCUAACUUUGAAUGGUACAUUAUCAGACUGGUCUUAUUUCGCCGUGUUUGAUGGGCACGCGGGUGCGCGGGUGUCGGCACAUUGCGCGGACAACCUCUUAGAAUGUAUUCUUCAAACGGAUGAAUUCCGGCGUGAAGAGAUAGCGGAAGCAAUACGCGCCGGUUUCCUCGAUUUGGACAAGAAGAUGCGGGAGCUGCCGGAAUUGUCGAACGGCGAAGAAAAGUCAGGUUCGACGGCGGUAUGCGCGUUCGUAUCGCCAAAGCAGAUAUAUAUAGCGAAUUGCGGUGACUCCCGUGCAGUGCUGGCUAGAAAUGGAAUACCGAUUUUUGCAACCCGCGACCAUAAACCGGAGUUACCAUCGGAGAAGUCGCGGAUAGUUCAGGCGGGUGGUUCAGUGAUGAUCCAGCGCGUGAACGGUAGCUUAGCUGUGUCUAGGGCACUAGGAGAUUAUGAGUACAAGAAGGUUCAAGACCGUGGGCCAUGUGAGCAACUGGUGUCACCAGAGCCUGAGGUCUCAGUGCAUGAGCGUUCAGAGGCAGAAGAUGAGUUUUUAGUGCUGGCCUGCGAUGGAGUGUGGGAUGUGAUGAGCAAUGAGGCAUUAUGUGCAUAUGUUCACUCAUUACUCCAACUUACAGAUGACCUUGUCGCUGUGACAAAUCAGGUCAUCGACACUUGCUUGUAUAAGGGUAGCAAAGACAACAUGAGCAUCGUGUUGGUAGUGUUCCCAGCGGCACCGAAGCCCAGCCCUGAAGCCCAGCGCGCGGACCGAGAGCUGGACGAGACGCUCCGACAGAGGCUCACAGCACUGAUCGAGAAGAGCGCGGGCACGGAGGAGCGGGAAGACACUUCGAGCCAUUUCUCGUGGGUGCUGAAGCAACUGAUGCAAGAGAACAUACCUGGCCUCCCGCCCGGCGGCGGUCUCGCUGCUAAGCAAGCGUUACUGGAUAAAAUAUACAGGGAGUUCUACCCAGAGCACGCGGACAGCUCGGAGACGUUCGACUGUCCAGAACUUACAGACGCUUUUGGAGCCAACUGAAUGUCGUGCAUUGCUGGGCCGAAUCGAACACUAUUGUGAGCCGGUAAGGAUCAAAUUGAAAUGUCCAUGAACUGUCACUGUGACAUUAGAUUCAUUGUGUUGCCACCUAAGUAUAUUUUUUGUCAACGGCAAUUUUACCAAAUCAAUCAUAUCAUAGUGUGUUUGAAUUGUUAAUAAAUCGUUUAUUAAAUAUGUUUAACUUUAAAUUUGGAGAGAUAUAAAGAGUUUCUCUUCAUAUUUAAAAAAAAAUAUAUAAACAUGAACAUCUUUAAAAAUGGAAAAUCAAAGUUCACACACGAAAACAUAUUUUCGGCCAGUAAUAGUGUACGAUUUGGUUUUAUUUAGCAGAAUAUUUUUUUUGUAGUACAAAUCGAAUGGAAUUUCAAUUACAUUACUUUAAAUUGUUAUGAAAGAUGGCAACACUGUCUCUAUUUUUUGUACAUAAAAAUAGUCUGGAAACCAUAAGUAAUGUAGUUGUAAUUUUAUUUUGAUAACAAUUGGAUGCAACUACCACUUCGUCUAUGUUGAUUGUCAUUAAUUUUAAAUCAUCGAUGGCUUUGUACAAAAAUCUGCUAUAAACGUGACCAUAAAAUAGUCUAUAAUUGUAGUGUGUGUCUAUGGUAGACCAUAGAGAUGCAGUAAUUACAACACGGCCGUGUCCCAUGUGCUAAGAAGCGCAUUGUCGCGAUUUUAGUCAGGGGAGCCGUAUGUACCGUACUGUUUUAGCUGCUGCUGUGGUCGAGUGAGGUUUCCUUUGAGUUAUAGACAAUUUUUUUUUUCACCGUUAGAGUAAAAUGUGUCAGGUGUUCCACAGCGGGAUUGUUUGUUUUUACCAGUUUGUAAAUCGUAAUUGUAAAUGUUGAUGUGUGGCACAAAUCUCCAUUUCCUUUCUCCUUGUAGAAACUAACCAAUCCUGUCAUUAAAAUAGUAUUGAUAUAAAGUUACAUUUGUAUAGAGUUAAACGGGUUUAUCAUUUGGUAUAACAGUCUCCAUUUUAUUUUGUAGUUUAGAUUAUAAUUUUUCGUGUAAUGUCAUAAUAUUAGAUGUGUAAUAUAGAGAUUGGAGUAACAUGUAAUAUUAAUAAAAUAAAAUCCGCUUCAUAAUUUAUAGUUUUUUCAAACCUAUUUGUUUCGUACUGUGUAAAUUCUAUAGUGUAGGCUUCAAAAUGGCCAGUUUGCAGUUUAUGGAGUUAUUAUUUUAUCACUGAUAAGGAAAAAAUCCAAGAUUCAUAUACGGAUUCAAAUGCUACAUCUUAAGACUAUUUUGGAUUAAAAUUUAAACAGUAAGACGUGCAUCAUGUCGUCGCUUACUUACUGCAUAAUUUGAUGGAAUACGCUCUGUUUUCAGUCCCGGUUUUUUAUUUUCUAAUCGCACAUCUUGGGUUUUUUGUAUAUCAAUAUAUUUUACAUAAAAAAUAUUGUGUUCUUUAAAUGUUCUCUUUGUAUUUUUUAAGCCUGAGAUAGCUGCUUGGGGUUUCACAAGUUGUUGACUUAGGAAUGAAUAUUUAAAACGGGCUAUACUUGUGUGAAAUGAAAUCAACUGUUAUACUUUAAGGCCGCUUACAUCUGUACCUGUAAGUUUUAUUCACGUAACAAAUUUGUGAUAAAUAUAAAAUGUAAACAAUUGCGAGUGACUUAUCUUUAAUUGAUCUGUUAUGUAAUCAUGCGGCAGAACUUACGAUAGUUACGUAACAUGCAUAAAAACUAUAGAUAUAAAGGCGGUCUAAGGUUGGUUUUUUUAAUUCUUCAAAAUUAAAUAAAUCUUUUACAGCCGUAAGUGAUUUUAUGAUAUAAUAUAUAACUGUCUUGACCAUAAACACUUACCUCAUCCAUGCAUACAUAUCUGUCACGUCUGUGCCCCAUUAGGGUAGACAGAAACAAUGGAACGCCAAAUGCUUCGAUUCAAACAAACCUUCGCUUCUUGCACAUUCAUCAAUCUUUUCAUACAUGCUCGCCGGUUACGGGUACUUUUAAUUUGGCUCUUCUUCAGCACGUCGCCUAUUUGGUCGACACACGUCCGUCUAGGGCGGCCCCUACCGACAUCUCUUUAUUCUUGCUAUAAAUAAAUCUCUUUCGUAAUUCUUCUUUCAAUCCAUCCUCUCCAAAUGGCCAAACCAACGCAAUACUUCGAUUUUUGUCACUACAUCGCCUUUCAGUUUACACUUCUCUCUAAUCACACAAUUUCUAACUCUAUCUUUUAAUGUAAUACCACACAUACUUCUCAGAGCUCUCAUCUCUAUAGCAUUCGCUUCUAUACAUGGGUGUUGGUGUCAGUACUCCCUGAAUUAUGGCAAGGCGAGCUUUGCUCGAUAAUACAUUUACCCCCUUAUUCGUAAAUACAUCAAACCUGUCAUAAACCUAUUUUAGCUAUUGAACUGUUUUGUUCCUUUAUUCUAUACUUAAUUCCAAAUUUAAAAGUGACAAAACAGUAUAAUAAAGUAGAUUUGUAGAAGGAUUUAGUUUGCAUGAACAAGGGGUGAAAAUUAAAAAAAAAAAUAUUUGUCUAUGAGUUAUAAAAUUUUAAAACUCUUAUAAAAAAGUUCAAUAGUUACGCCGGUAAAUAAUUAUAUACUAUUAAUUGUCUAAUUGAAAUUUCACACAAGUAAAUUCUGUUUUAAUAUUUUAUUUCUAAGUCUCGGAUAUUGAAUAUUAUCGCUGAAUAUAGUACAUUACAGAGUCCUCUAUGAAUAUUACUAGUAUUUUUUUGUACAUACAAUAUUUUUAUGCUAUCAAGCAAUAGUGACUAUGAAAAUUGACAGUCAUAUAUGUUAACACAUUUUUUUUAUUCAUAUUUUAGUUUAAACAUUCGUCUUAAUUGGGAAAUUGGCUAUUUAGUGGAAUUAACAUUUAUUUCUUCUAUUUUUGUGUUCUAUAUAGAUAAGCUUUUUUUUUUCAAAAUUGAAUAAUGCGCUGGAGAAAUCGAUUAUUGCAAUUUAUUUUUAAAACUUAAUUUUUUUUUUCAUAUUAGAAAUAUUAAUCUAUGUAUGUCACUUCGGUACUCGUUUUAACUAUAGACAUUAACAGUUGGAAAUAAACUAUUUGAUAUUAAAACAUUAGGAUGAAACUGCAAUAAUAUGGAAUUUAGUACUUUCAAGGGCGUGGCCAGAACUUUUUCAAGGCGGGGGAAGAGGUUAGGCAAUGGAAAUUGAUAAUGUGCUAGUUUAGUCUGAAAAAAAUCUUUAUUAAUGCAAAACAUAUGUGUUUGAGCGAAAACACGUGAUGAUAAUUAUUGUAUAAAUGAUUUUAAAAGUAUAUAACUAUAUCUAUACCUGGCUAACGUCCUUGUGUAGUUUAAUUUUAAUUCUCCACGUUUCUUUUAAAUCUUAACAAAUUUUCUAUUUUUUUUUUUUGAUUCUAUAUAACUUAAAGUGCCCAUGUUGCAAGACCACAAAUUCCUAUUCGAAAUAAAUACCAAAAAUGAUUAUACAUAAACGUUUUAUUUAUUUCUCUUCUAAAAAGAGAGAUAAUUAAAAGAGAAUAAAUGAUGGGAAAUACUUUUGUACCUGUUUGAAUUCAUGUUAGUGUAACUUUGAAAAAUAAUGUAUACAUAGAUGCAUAUAGCCUCAUAUGGGGUUAUUACAGUGUCAUACAUAUACAAUCAUAUAUCUUAUUAUAUAUUAAAAGGAGUAUCAUAUAUUCAAAAUAUUCCUUCUAAUGUUUUACGAUCCUACAAAUGUGAUACUGUAAUAACCCCAAAACCCCGUUGAUAUAUGGGGAAGUGAGUACAUAAAAAUCCUGACCUCUAAUGGAGCGAAUCAGUGGGUGCAAAAGGGAUUCAGAGCAAUGGUUUUGUAACUAUAGUCUGUAACUAUGCUAACACCUUUAUUAAAGGUACCAGUACAUGCUCAUGUGCCACGCACGGGUGCUCGAGUUUGCUCAAAUACAUUGCAAAACCUUAGAGGUUUACACUCGGAAUAUACAUCGCUCUAUUUAUGAAGCCAUUGUGAAUAAAUGUAGAGACAUUGAUUUAUCUGAAAUUAAAAAGUUGUACCGCUUAGAAUUAAUUUAUUGAGGUAACUCGGUUUUUAUCCAGAUGUCUUAGACAGUAAUCAAAGAUUUUCUUUAGUCUACGCAUGAGGAAAAAAAAACUCUGAACAUUGCAGCCUCGUUCUUGUUCAUGGAGACAGUAUCAUAUCUAUGAAUACUAUAAAUAAUAUCCUUUGCUACUAAUGUAGGGCCGUAUAUUUAUAGUCCUGAAAUUUAUAUAUAGCCCUACAUAUUGGACAGUGUAAUAUACUCCUUAUUUGUAUCAAUAUAUGUUCGCAAACACGUAAUAAUAGCAUUUAUUCACUUUUAUGCUUCUAAUGAGUAUGUACUGUUUACCUUUAUAUACAUAUAGUAGAUUUAUCGUUUAAAAUAUAUAUAAAUAUACUAAUAUAACCUUAUAAAACACUGAUAAUCCCAUAUUAAAGUGUCUACGUACAUGUUGUUGUCAAAUAAUAUGCUAUGGUUUGGAAUUCGAAGGCAAUUUACUGUAAGACUAGCAAUAUUUUCAUCUAUCGAUGAGGCAAAUGUUGCUAAUGAAAAACAAAAUUAAAAUUGGAACAGUUUUGUUUUUUAUUAUAAUUCCUUUCUGGCCAGUUUAGUCGUACUAAUGACUUGAUGGAAUAACAAAAUAAUAAUCUAAGUAAAUUAAAUAUUUUUGAAUAAAAAAAUUUAUAUUUCUUUACCUAUUACCGUGAAUAACACUUUAGACUACAUCAGAAAAAUUGUUUAAUUUUUUUUUCAAAUUUGGUAGAUAACAAACGUCUUACAGGAUGCGCCUUCAUCAUAAUAUUUUGGUAAAAUGCAAUCUUAACACCCUACAACACCAUUGUGUUUAAAAAUAUUUCUUUUUUACCGAUUGCAACACAUGUUAUUUUUUUAAUACGUUAUCUUGUGAUUCAGACAUCGGUUGUAAUAGUUGAGUUUGUAAAAAGGGAUUCUCAUGUCAUUUAUUAAUAAUUUAGACUUUUUUACACAUUGAAAUUCACAUGGAAGUCACGUUAUAGAUUCCAUGUGACUCGUGGAUAUUAUUAUGGAGGUACUAUUUAGGAUGUGUAUAAGAAAAAUCGAGAUAAUAGUUUUUGUCAGUCCUAUCUCGGUUUUAUUACUGUAAAGUUUAAAUGUCAUAUUACUGUAUUUAAAUUACACGGUUUUAAGUAUAUAAAGGUUUCGGUGACUGUGCAGUAAAUAUUAACAAUAUGUAUACUAUAUGAACAAGAAGCUUAUAAUCAGGAGAUUGGGCUAUGAAUACGACAUUGUUUUAAACUUGUAUGACCAUCUACUGUCUCGCUUAUGAUACCUUAUUUGGAAAGAGUAGCUAAUAGAAAAAGGUUUGUCUAUUCCACUUAUUCUCUGAACAAAAAUUUCGAGACAAAUAUAUUGCAUGUCAAUUUUUUAGCGAUCAAUUUCGUGUUCAUUGCAAUGUCCGUUUAUAAGCCUCUUGGUAAACUAACAUAAAGAGGAGAUAUGUACCUGUAACAGAAUAUUUCCAAAUCUCUCUUCCCUUUUCAACCCAUUGUCGUGCAUAUACCAUUGUAUGAAUAUUUAUUAAUAUUUUUAAUAUAAUAUGUACUCUCCUACAAGAAUUCUACAAUAUAUAUAAUAGUGCUAUAAUAUAGGUUUAUUUGUAAUUUAGAUAGUUGUGUUGGAAUUGAACCAAAUAUUACCGGCAUUGGGUUUUGAAUUGGAAUUUUGUCCAUCCUUGGCGAUAAGUAGGUUGUUUUUUUUUUAAUUAUUAUUAUUUAGCUGUCAAUCGGCGUUGUCUUACGAAGUGUGUCUCGUUAUUAUCUAGUAGACGCUUAAUGAACAAUAAAUACCUGUACCUUA